CGGCUCUUCCGGACGCGCGGCGGCACCGAGGGCGGCGGCCGGGCUCGAACCCGCGACCCGCAGGCGGCCGGCAGCGGCGGCGGCGCCAUGGACAGCCGGGGCCGCCGCGUGGUGGUCUGCGACAACGGCACCGGGUUUGUCAAAUGCGGCUAUGCCGGGUCGAAUUUCCCGGAACACAUUUUCCCAGCCCUGGUGGGUCGUCCCAUCAUCCGCUCGACGGCGAAAGUUGGGAAUAUUGAGAUCAAGGAUCUCAUGGUGGGAGAUGAGGCCAGUGAGCUGCGCUCCAUGCUGGAGGUGAACUACCCGAUGGAGAACGGAAUUGUACGCAACUGGGAUGACAUGAAGUUCUUGUGGGACUACACUUUUGGGCCCGAGAAGCUCAACGUGGACCCCCGUAACUGCAAGAUCCUGCUCACCGAGCCCCCCAUGAACCCUAUCAAGAACCGGGAAAAAAUCAUCGAGGUGAUGUUCGAGACAUAUCAGUUUGAAGGAGUUUAUAUUGCAAUCCAGGCGGUCUUGACCCUCUAUGCCCAGGGCCUUCUCACCGGCGUGGUGGUCGACUCGGGGGACGGCGUCACCCACAUCUGCCCCGUGUACGAGGGCUUCUCGCUGCCCCACCUCACGCGCCGGCUGGACAUCGCGGGGCGUGACAUCACGCGGUACCUCAUCAAGCUGCUGCUUCUGCGUGGCUACGCCUUCAACCACUCGGCCGACUUCGAGACGGUGCGGAUGAUGAAGGAGCGGCUCUGCUACGUGGGCUACAACAUCGACCAGGAGCAGCGGCUGGCGCAAGAGACCACGGUGCUGGUGGAGUCCUACACGCUGCCGGACGGGCGCGUGAUCAAGGUGGGUGGGGAGCGCUUCGAGGCGCCGGAGGCCCUGUUCCAGCCCCACCUCAUCAACGUGGAGGGCGUGGGCAUGGCCGAGCUGCUGUUCAACACCAUCCAAGCGGCCGACAUCGACACCCGGGCCGAAUUCUACAAGCACAUUGUGCUUUCGGGGGGCUCCACCAUGUACCCCGGAUUGCCGUCGCGGCUGGAGCGUGAGAUCAAGCAGCUUUACCUGGAACGGGUCCUGAAAGGCGACGUGGAGAAGCUGUCGAAAUUCAAGAUUCGCAUCGAGGAUCCUCCACGCAGGAAGCACAUGGUGUUCUUGGGUGGCGCCGUUCUCGCUGACAUUAUGAAGGAUAAAGACAACUUCUGGAUGCAGCGCUCCGAGUACAUGGAGAAGGGCACCAGGAUCCUGGAGAAGCUGGGGGUGACGGUCCGAUAGGGGUCCCGGUGCCUCCUCUAUCCUUCGCGCAUUCUGACCCGCUUUCUUUCCCUUCCGGUGUUUUUCCUUUUCCUCUUCUGUCGAAUCUCCGCAAUUUAAGGGGUUUCUUUGGUGAAGCGUCAGUUCGCAUCAUCACUUGGGAACGGUGGAAGAUCUCUUGAACGCGUUUCUAGUUUUGAUGGGAGGGGAAAAUGCAUUCAAAGCGCCUACAGUUCUCUUGUUCCAGGCUUUUGCUCCUUGCAAGUCGCUAGUCCUCUGGAAUUUGAUGAUGCAACCCCUCCCUGCCCAGCAAGCGCUUUGGGAAAACAUUCCUUUUUAGGGCAAGGGUUGCUAACAGCGAGUCCCAAAGGCAGUGCUAUUCAUCUCUUGAAACUUCUUGCUAUACGUGACUUCCAUGCGGCUUAAGGCUGCAAACUAUGGCUCAGGGAAUUCCAUUCGUUCCCAUCCUCUCCCUUCUUCUUCAGCAAAAACGGAAUCAAGUUUCUAGGCCUCAUGACUGAGAGGAAUGCCAAAACCAGGGAUGGGAAUGUGUAGCCCUGCAGAUGGCGUUGGAUUGCAACUUCCAUCACCCCUUUCUUUGUCUUGGCUGGGGCUGAUGGGAAUUGUAGGCCAAAGCAUUGAAAGUGGCCACUUUCCUCCCCGCCUCGCUGAAAGCACACAAUGCCUUUUCUGCUGAUUACUCAGGGAUACUGGCUGGUUGGCUGGGUCGUAUCUUCUCUCAUCUCCUUUCCGUGCUCUUGCCUGCCCCAAAUGUGGGACGGCCGUGGCCAGCACUGCCACGAGGAAGCACUCGGCAGACCAGACUGAAGUUGCACACCCUGCGAGCUGAAUUUGCCGCCGGCUCUCUGGGUGGGCAGGCUGCAUUUCUGAGGAUGCACUGGUCCUGAAGGAAUACCUGAACGUACGCAUGAAGGCGAUUCCCAGUGCCCACCGCAAAGAAAGAAUGAAACCGGGGCGGGAGAAGGACUCGCUUCUGUCCCCCGUCUUGCGUUGCACUGCCAACUCCUAGAAAGAAUGAUUAUUUCUGACUUGCUUCUCGCUGAAACAACCCUUCUCUUUUCACCCGUGAGGUUACAGUUGUGUCCACUUGGUUUCUGUUAAUCAUGGUUUGCUGCAUUCGUCCUACAGACGAAUUCUGUAAGUUUGUGCUCCCCACAGAGGCCUAAAGUUCCCCCUUCCCUUUCGCAAUUGGAUACCUGCCUACCUGGGCAGAGCUUCAUUUCCGUCUUUUCCAUGAUUCCUUAGGAUCUCAGAUGGUAUUCUGGGGUAGGACGGUACCUUACGGGCACCCCCUCCCCCUUUCCAGAGCUUUCUUCUUUGUAUCGAGUGCCAGAAGAUGGAAAACAUACAAUCUCCUGUAGUUGGUCUUUUUUUAAGAAGAAAAAACACGUCUUGCUUUUUACAAACCGAUCUGCUUUCCACGCUCACUCUCUCCGUGUCUCCGCUUAACAACAAAAACGGCAGCCGAGGCAGCUCAAGGAUUUCCAGCCUUCCCAAACACCCCUAGCCAGGAAGGAAAAUAAAACCUGCUUGAAGAUCCUG